GCUCCUCGUAGCGGAAGUGAGACGGGGGAGUCUGUCCGCCAUUGUGGACCCAAGGAACGGAGUGCGAGAGAAGAGGAACGAGCAAGCAGAAGCAGGGGCUCCCCUCCUCCGUCUCCCCAGUGCAAGCCUCCUUUCUUCCUGGCCUCGCAGCCGGCGGCGGCGAUAGGGACAAUCACUUGGCGGAGGGCGGCGGCCGACGGCUGGGAGUGCACGGGAGAGGCCCAGGCGGCGGCGGCGGCGGCAUCAGCAGCAGCAGUUCUAGGGUUGCGGUGAAGAAUGUCAGCCACUAGCGUGGAUCAGAGACCUAAAGGGCAAGGAAAUAAAGUUUCAGUACAAAAUGGUUCGAUUCAUCAGAAAGAUGCUGUGAAUGAUGAUGAUUUUGAGCCAUACCUAAGUAGCCAGACAAAUCAGAGUAACAGCUAUCCACCAAUGUCAGAUCCAUACAUGCCUAGUUACUAUGCUCCAUCCAUUGGAUUUCCGUAUUCUCUUGGUGAAGCAGCAUGGUCCACAGCUGGAGACCCGCCUAUGCCAUAUUUGACAACCUAUGGACAAAUGAGCAAUGGUGAACAUCAUUAUAUACCUGAUGGUGUGUUUAGUCAACCUGGGGCUUUAGGAAAUACUCCCCCAUUCCUUGGUCAGCAUGGAUUUAACUUUUUUCCUGGGAAUGCAGAUUUCUCUACAUGGGGGACAAGUGGAUCUCAGGGACAAUCAACACAAAGUUCUGCUUAUAGUAGCAGCUAUGGUUAUCCACCUAGCUCUCUUGGGAGAGCCAUAACUGAUGGACAGGCUGGAUUUGGCAAUGAUACUUUAAGUAAGGUGCCUGGCAUUAAUAGUAUUGAGCAAGGCAUGACUGGACUGAAAAUUGGUGGUGAUAUGACAGCUGCUGUAACAAAAACUGUAGGUUCCGCUUUGAGCAGUACAGGUAUGACAAGCAUUGCAGCAAAUAGUGUACCCCCAGUUAGCAGUUCAGCACCAAAACCGACCUCUUGGGCUGCCAUUGCCAGAAAGCCUGCCAAACCUCAACCGAAACUUAAACCUAAGGGCAAUGUGGGAAUUGGGGGAUCUGCUGUACCACCACCUCCUAUAAAACAUAACAUGAAUAUUGGAACUUGGGAUGACAAAGGGUCAGUGGUAAAAGCUCCACCCACCCAACCAGUUCUGCCUCCUCAGACUAUAAUCCAGCAGCCUCAGCCAUUAAUUCAACCACCACCAUUGGUGCAAAGCCAACUGCCUCAACAGCAGCCUCAGCCACCACAACCACAGCAGCAACAAGGACCUCAGCCACAGGCCCAGCCUCACCAAGUGCAGCAGCAGCAACCGCAGCAGCUGCAAAAUCGUUGGGUAGCUCCUCGUAAUAGAGGAGUAGGUUUCAACCAGAACAGUGGAGCAGGCAGUGAAAACUUUGGUUUAGGUGUUGUUCCUGUCAGCUCUUCACCAUCUGGAGUAGAGGUGCACCCAGUACUGGAAAAACUAAAGGCCAUAAAUAACUAUAAUCCCAAAGACUUUGAUUGGAACCUGAAGAAUGGGCGUGUGUUUAUAAUCAAAAGCUAUUCUGAGGAUGAUAUCCAUCGUUCCAUUAAGUAUUCUAUCUGGUGUAGUACUGAACAUGGUAAUAAGCGUUUGGAUGCAGCUUACCGUUCUCUGAAUGGUAAAGGCCCACUCUAUUUACUCUUCAGUGUGAAUGGGAGCGGACACUUUUGUGGAGUGGCUGAGAUGAAGUCUGUUGUGGACUACAAUGCAUAUGCUGGAGUCUGGUCUCAGGAUAAGUGGAAGGGCAAGUUUGAUGUUAAAUGGAUCUUUGUCAAAGAUGUUCCCAAUAACCAGUUGCGGCACAUUCGUUUGGAAAAUAAUGACAACAAACCAGUUACCAAUUCAAGGGACACUCAAGAAGUACCCCUAGAAAAAGCUAAGCAAGUGCUUAAAAUAAUUGCUACUUUCAAGCAUACCACCUCAAUCUUUGAUGACUUUGCACAUUAUGAAAAGCGUCAAGAGGAGGAGGAAGCCAUGCGUAGGGAGAGAAAUAGAAACAAACAAUAACUGUGGAGAUGCCCGCUAGAAUUACAACACUAAUGAUGUAGACUCUGGAAAUGCCUCCUUUGUCUAAGAAGACGUUAUUAAAGCUUUUUUUUUUCUGCUUACGGUGACAUCUUUGAACACUUUAACACAAAAUUGACUCUUCUUGUAUUGGUUCUCAUCAGCGCAUCUGCCCUUAUACUCUCUCACCAAACACACUUGAGAACUGUUAACUUCGUCAAGCACUUUCUGUCCUGAAGCUUUUACCAGUAUCUGCUGUCUUUUGUAAUUAUGCAUCCUAGCUAAGGCACAGGAGACUGAAUGAAUGCAAGGAUUCAUUAACUCUUUGAAUUUGUUAAAUACUAACAACCAUUAGAAGUGGUUCAAUGAUGUAAGAUUCACACUGCUUCAACUUUUUCUUUGUCGUAGUUUUUUAAUUGUCAAUUUUUAGCUACUUGACAGAUUAAAAGCAAAAUCAUGCCAUAUUUAGUCCUGGAGUAAAACUCAAGUCUAAAUGUUCAUGUGAAAAUUAUUGUAGUAAACUUUCAAUAUGGCAAAGCAACUUUAAGCUAUAUUUUAGCCAAACGAAAUAUAAUCUGAAAUUAUAUUAGAAUGAUAUUUCCCUUGUCUCAAAUUGUUUGGUGUAACAGAAUAUUGAUAUGCAGCUUGGUGGAUGUCACCAAUUAAUGCACAUUCUUCUUCCUCUUCCCUUUUCCUUCCCCCAACUUAAAACAUGUAUACUGAAAAAUGUGCAUUUGUCUGAGGAAUUAUUUUGUUUGCUACCACUUGAUGAAUCUCAAAAGUUUUGAGUAAAUGUACCUCAGUCUAAUCAGACUUUUUAUGACCUUUCUAACUACAUUUAAAAUAAUCCUUAAUUCUUAUUUCUGGGUCUUUGCGAGCCUGACAGAUUGCUAUCAUGAAGUAAAAAAUUUACUCCUAGAUGAUUCACUAGCUAAAUAAACAUAGUUCUUGUUUAGCAAGCA